AUGCCUUUUCCACCUAUCAGCCUCCAGCAGCGGAUCUCCUCACCCGGCAGGGAUUUAUUUGGAAAAAAGAAAGCCAGUGGAGAGCCUCGACAGCCGGAAAAAAACGAGAGAUCUCAUGGAGAAAGAGGCGCCUCUGACAAGGAGAAGCAGCCUGCUUCAUGGGCUUCUGCAAAUCUGAGGAAUCUGUCAAGAAAAUCCCACCAGGAGAAGACUAAAGACCGCGCGCAGAGGUCCGACGCGGGGCUGGAGACUCAGGGAAAGAGCUCCUGGCUGCCGGGGCCCAAAGCUCCGGACCAGAGAGUCCGGCGCUCCAGCUCCAUGGACUCCAGCAGGCACCUCCGCGGAAAGGAGGACGGGAAAAAGGAGAUCCAGUUCUCCCUCAGUCUCACCCCCGAAGCCAUUCUAGUCAUCCAAAAGCGCAACCUUGAAAAGCAGAUGAUGGCGAAACAGCAGAAGUGCUGCGCGUCCGCGGACUUUCGGCACCGGAGAGUUUUCCCGUCCAAAAAGGCGCACGGAGGCUCCAAGAGCUGCGCGCCCGGAGCCAAGGGGGAGUGCGCCGAGCAGGACAUCACCGCCAUCGUUAAAAUCUCUCUGCUGAAUGAUCAAUACAAGUACGACGAUGUGGAGUACGAGGAGGAGGAUGGAGACGUGGACGAGACGGUCGUGAGGAAAUGUAAAGAGUGGCUGAAAGGGGUCGAGAACGCGUCAGCUUUGGGGAAAGUCGACAAACUGCCCGCGCUGCCGCACCUGAAAGGCUGCUGA